UCCACCCCAGAGUCUUGGCCUCUAGGAGGCAGGAACAGCAGGCCCAGCCAGCCCAGAGGACUCUCUGUCCACAGUGUAAAUAAGGACGCCACUGGCCCAUGUCCCGCAGGGAUGUAGAGGGCAGCCUCAGAGGCACUGGGCGCUCCCGGCACCAUGGAUGACGCUGCCAUCCUCAAGCGACGAGGCUACAUCCUGGGGAUAAAUUUGGGAGAGGGCUCGUACGCAAAAGUCAAGUCUGCUUACUCUGAGCGCCUGAAGUUCAACGUGGCGGUCAAGAUCAUCGACCGCAAGAAAGUCCCCACGGACUUCUUGGAGAAAUUCCUUCCCCGGGAAAUUGAGAUUCAGGCCACGCUAAACCACCGCUCCAUUAUCAGGACCUACGAGAUCUUUGAGACCUCUGAUGGCCGCAUCUACAUCAUCAUGGAGCUCGGGGUCCAGGGCGACCUCCUCGGGUUCAUCAGAACCCGGGGAGCCCUGCACGAGGAUGAUGCUCGCAAGAAGUUCCACCAGCUCUCCUCAGCCAUCAAGUACUGCCAUGACUUGGACAUUGUCCACCGAGAUCUCAAGUGUGAGAACAUUCUCCUCGACAAGGACUUCAAUAUCAAGCUCUCUGACUUUGGCUUCUCCAAGCGCUGCCCAAGGGAUGACAGUGGCCGACUGAUGCUAAGCAAGACUUUCUGUGGGUCAGCAGCUUAUGCAGCACCCGAGGUGCUGCAGGGCAUCCCCUACCAGCCCAAGGUGUGUGACAUCUGGAGUCUGGGUGUGAUCCUCUACAUCAUGGUCUGUGGCUCCAUGCCCUACGAUGACUCCAACAUCAAGAAGAUGCUGCGCAUCCAGAAGGAGCACCGCAUCAACUUCCCCCGCUCCAAGAACCUGACGGGUGAGUGCAAAGACCUCAUCUACCACCUGCUACAGCCGGACAUCAACCGGCGGCUGCACAUCGAGGAGAUCCUCAGCCACUGCUGGGUGCAGCCCAAGGCACAGGGCCUGUCCUCUGGAGUCAUCAACGAGGAGGGGGAGAGCUCCCGGGGUGCUGAGCCCUCGUGGACCCCUGAUACUCCUGAUACCCCAGCCACCAAGCUGGAGCUCCAGGAGGAAGCACGGUCCGAGACACGGCCUGAGAUACAGUCCGAGUCAAAACCUGAUGAGACGAUGCAAAUGCGGGUGUCAAGGCAGUCAGAUCCCACAGGCCUUAAUGGCGAGCUGCAAAGCAGGGAAACAGAGGAGGGGGUUCCCUCACGGCCUCCAGAGACACACACCUAGCGAGCCUCUCUCGGCCCAGGGGACUGGCAGGGAAUGAUGCAGAGCUCAUGGCUUUGAGCCUGAGCUCCAAAGAAGCCAAGGGACAAGCCAAAGAAGGAAAACUGUCCUGGAUGAGCCACUAUUUUCAUCAGUUCCUUCUCCUUUCCUUUGAACUUGGUAACCCACAUGGCUAAAAAAGCAAUAAAUAUUAGUGCAGAC